AUGAAGGAAGCAGUGAAACGACCCAUGUUCUUCAAGUUUUUUAUUGCCGAGCACAGCUCUGAACGAAUGUUCUGCGGCCUAGAUGACCUGCCGCCCAGAGGUCAGGGCUUGUGGUGGCAGAAAAUUCCGUUAGCCUUUCAAGAUUACAUCAAAGGCCGGCGGCCUCAAGCGGUUUUGCUAACCGGCCCGAGUGGUGAUUCCUGGAUGGUCGGCCUGAUUGAAGAAGAGGGUGCGCUCUAUUUCGGUGGAGGGUGGCCCAAGUUCGUGGAGGAUCACUCUGUACAGACUGGUGACUUCUUGGUCUUCCGGUACGAUGGCGAAGAUGGCUUCGAGGUGCAAGUGUUCGACCCAACUAUGAGCCCGAGGGAGGCUUCUUUUUUUGCCUGGAAUUCUCAUCGAGUCACUACCGAGUCGAUCGGAUCUAACGGGGUCGGGCUGGUUAAACAGGAAAGCGACACAGGUGGAGCAGAAGGAUCAUCCGGUGCCGAUCACUUCUCUUUUCAGAUAACCAUGAAAGCGUACCACGUCAACCAAGCCAUCUUGUGUCACAAAGAUUAUGUGAAUGUCAUGCUGUGCGACGAAGGAGGGAAGCGGUGGCCCGUGUGGAUGAUCCGUAGGAAGGACAUCACCAAGUGGGAGAGCUGGUUCUUGAGCAAAGGCUUUCCAGCUUUUAUCCGCGACAACCGGGUCAAGGAAGGCGACACUUGUACCUUCGAGCUUGUGGGUCCAUCUUUGCUGCGUGUCCGCAUUUCUAGGGCAUAG